AGACGCAGUCGAGGAGGUAGCUUUUUAAGAACUCUCUCUCAAGCCAAGCCUGAACGUUUCUUGUUCCCAAAGAUUUCUGAGCUGGAGAAAGGGCAAAAAUGAGCGACACUGAAGAUGUAGUCCGACGUCGUAAUGCGACGGCAGAAUACCGCAAGAAGCUUCUCCAGCACAAAGAGCUCGAGUCUAGAGUUCGAUCUGUUAGGGAGAAUUUGCGAGGUGCAAAGAAGGAAUUUAACAAAACAGAAGAUGAUUUGAAGUCUCUUCAAAGCGUUGGGCAGAUCAUUGGAGAAGUUCUCAGGCCUCUUGACAAUGAACGCUUGAUUGUAAAAGCAAGCAGUGGACCUAGAUAUGUGGUUGGCUGCCGAAGUAAAGUGGAUAAGGAAAAACUUACUGCUGGAACCAGAGUGGUCCUUGACAUGACAACACUAACAAUCAUGCGGGCUCUUCCACGUGAAGUUGAUCCAGUUGUUUAUAACAUGCUUCAUGAGGACCCUGGUAAUGUUAGCUAUUCAGCUGUGGGUGGUUUAUCUGAUCAGAUCAGAGAAUUGAGGGAAUCAAUUGAGCUACCUCUUAUGAAUCCUGAGCUGUUCCUCAGGGUUGGGAUUAAACCUCCUAAGGGUGUUCUAUUAUAUGGGCCUCCUGGUACGGGCAAAACAUUGUUAGCUAGAGCCAUUGCAAGCAACAUUGAUGCCAACUUCUUGAAGGUUGUUUCAAGUGCCAUAAUUGAUAAGUAUAUUGGAGAAAGUGCAAGGUUGAUACGUGAAAUGUUCGGCUAUGCUCGUGAUCACCAACCCUGCAUUAUAUUUAUGGAUGAGAUUGAUGCCAUUGGUGGGCGUCGAUUUAGUGAGGGUACAAGUGCUGAUCGUGAAAUUCAAAGAACAUUGAUGGAGUUACUUAAUCAGCUUGAUGGAUUUGAUCAGCUUGGAAAGGUUAAAAUGAUAAUGGCAACAAAUCGACCAGAUGUUCUUGAUCCUGCACUUCUUCGCCCAGGUCGACUUGAUAGGAAAAUAGAGAUUCCUUUGCCAAAUGAGCAAUCAAGAAUGGAAAUUCUUAAGAUUCAUGCGGCUGGAAUUGCCAAACAUGGUGAGAUAGAUUAUGAAGCUGUUGUAAAGCUUGCGGAGGGCUUUAAUGGGGCGGAUCUUAGAAAUGUUUGCACGGAGGCUGGAAUGUCAGCAAUUCGUGCAGAACGUGACUAUGUUAUCCAUGAAGAUUUCAUGAAGGCUGUUCGGAAAUUAAAUGAAGCAAAGAAACUUGAAUCAAGUGCACACUACAAUGCAGAUUUUGGGAAAGACUAGGACUGUUCUUUAUUUCCUUUUCCAAACAGUGGAUGGAUAUAUAUAUAUAUAUAUAUAUAUUAUAUCCCUGCAUCUUCAUUUUGUAUGUCUUUUGCUGGAUAUUAAACGACUUCAAGGAUAAGAAAGUUGCAGAAAACUGGAAGGUCAUUUGCUUAUCAUCAAAAGUAGAUGUCAUUUAUUGAAUUUGUUUCUUUAAAACUGUUCGUAUUUUCAAAUAACGAUUUUAUUUGCCGCGAGA